AUGGCUCCUGAGUUGUCGUCAAAUUGGAAAAAGCUUCAGGCUCAACUUAAAGCGGCACCUACAUCCCCUUCCACUUCUGGGGCAGUAAAGAGGAAAGCCGAAGGGCAAAGUCAACCGCCAUCAAAAAAGCCAAAAGUCAAAGCUGACUCCAAACCGUUCUCUAAACCUGUACAACAGAGCACGAAAAGAAAGGAUAGUCGCAUGGGUGUCACUCAGAGCUCCAAGGUUGAAGUCGACCUGGAUCCCAAGCUCAGGGCCACACCGUCUCUUGCACUCUGGGCUGAAAAUAAUGACAUCUCUUCCGAAGCACUGGCUGAGGCCUACGGCCUUGGCGCGAAGGACAACUCGAUGCUGGUAUCAGAAAAAGACAAGAUAAACGCCGGUCUCACGGAAGGAGUUCAAGUUGGCAAAUAUAUCGCCAUGGACUGCGAAAUGGUGGGCGUUGGACAAGGAGGUUACGAGUCGGCUCUGGCUCGCGUGAGCAUUGUCGACUUUCACGGUCGCCAAAUCUACGACUCCUAUGUGAAACCCCAGGAGAAGGUUACCGACUGGCGAAGUGCCGUGAGCGGCAUUCUGCCCAAGCACAUGAGAUUUGCGCGAGACUUUGAUGAAGUUCAGGCCCAAGUCGCCGAGCUUCUCAGGGACAGAAUAUUAGUCGGGCAUGACGUCAAACAUGAUCUGGAUGCCCUUAAGCUCAGUCAUUCGAUCAAAGAUAUUCGCGACACGUCCAACCACCCAGGCUUUAAGAAGUUCAGCAAUAGCAGGAAACCAGCAUUAAGGAGGCUCGCGGAGGAGAUUCUCAACGUUACAAUUCAAAGCGGUGCGCACUCAAGUAUCGAAGAUGCUCGAGUUACCAUGCUUCUUUUCAGAAAACAUAAACCCGCAUUCGACGUUGACCACGCAAAUCGCUUUCCUAGCUCUGGAGGUCCCCCGUCAAAAUCAAAACCGAAGUCCAAGAAGGGCAAGAAGAAAUGA